AUGAGGGGAAACAAGUUAAUAUUACUAUUAUUACUGUUUGGACACCUCUCUGCGUUGCCAGAUACUAUAAGAAUAGGUGGCCUAUUUCACCCUGAGGAUGACAAACAAGAGGUAGCAUUCCGGUACGCGGUAGAAAGGGUGAACGCGGACAGAGCCGUUUUACCACGUGCGAAGCUGUUGGCACAAGUGGAAACUAUAUCCCCGCAAGAUAGCUUCCAUGCGUCUAAGCGAGUGUGCCAUCUUCUUCGAAGUGGCGUGGCAGCCAUUUUUGGACCGCAGUCGGCCCCCGCCGCGGCCCAUGUUCAAUCUAUAUGCGACACUAUGGAGCUACCCCACUUAGAGACGAGAUGGGACUAUCGCACGCGUCGGGAAUCUUGUCUAGUCAACCUAUAUCCGCAUCCUGCCGCUCUCAGUCGAGCUUACGUCGAUCUGGUUAGAGCAUGGGGUUGGAAGUCAUUCACAAUUGUAUAUGAAAACAGUGACGGCUUAGUACGCCUUCAAGAACUUCUCAAAGCCCACGGGCCGUCGGAACUUCCCGUGGCCGUGAGACAAUUACCAGAUUCACAUGACUAUAGACCUCUUUUAAAACAAAUUAAAAACUCUGCCGAAUCACACAUUGUUCUCGAUUGCGCAACGGAAAGAAUAAGGGAUGUUCUUCAACAAGCCCAGCAGAUUGGCAUGAUGUCAGAUUAUCACAGUUAUUUAAUAACUUCUUUGGAUUUACACAGCGUUGAUUUAGAAGAAUUCAAAUAUGGUGGUACAAAUAUAACAGCUUUAAGGUUACUGGAUCCAGAAAGAUCGGAUGUACAAAGAGUGGUUCGAGAUUGGGUGUACGACGAAGCCAGGAAAGGUCGUAAAUUACAACUUGGUCACACUUCUGCUAAGGAGAACAUGACCUUCAUUAAGACGGAAACAGCACUGAUGUACGAUGCAGUACAUUUAUUUGCGAAAGCCUUACACGAUCUUGAUACUUCACAACAAAUUGAUGUAAAACCAUUGUCGUGUGACGCUGAAGACACUUGGCCUCAUGGGUACAGUCUUAUUAAUUAUAUGAAGAUAGUUGAAAUGAAGGGGCUAACGGGUGUAAUCAAAUUUGACCACCAAGGGUUUAGAAGCGAUUUCACUCUUGACAUAAUCGAAUUGACAAGGGAUGGACUACAAAAGGCGGGAUCGUGGAAUUCCUCGGAGGGAGUCAAUUAUACGAGAUCUUACGGUGACAAUCAGAAGCAAAUAGUCGAAAUACUUCAAAAUAAGACACUUAUUGUAACAACUAUUUUGAGCGCGCCAUAUUGUAUGAGAAAGGAAGCAAGCGAGAAACUCAUAGGGAACGCACAAUUUGAAGGAUAUGCUAUUGAUCUGAUUCACGAGAUAUCAAAAAUACUAGGCUUUAAUUACACUUUCAAACUUGCUCCCGACGGCCGAUACGGUUCAUACAACCGGGAGACUAAAGAAUGGGAUGGAAUGAUCAGAGAGUUGUUAGAACAAAGAGCUGAUGUUGCUAUAGCUGAUCUUACUAUCACUUACGACAGAGAGCAAGUCGUCGAUUUUACGAUGCCUUUCAUGAACCUCGGCAUUUCGGUCUUGUACCGAAAACCAAUAAAACAACCCCCAAACCUGUUCUCAUUUCUGUCGCCUCUUUCACUGGAUGUUUGGAUUUACAUGGCAACAGCUUAUUUGGGAGUUUCUGUACUGUUGUUUAUUCUAGCCAGGUUCACACCUUACGAAUGGCACCCAACACAUUCACCAGAUGGCGAAAAAUUGGAAAAUAUAUUCUCUCUGGCAAAUUGUUUGUGGUUUGCCAUCGGAUCACUCAUGCAGCAGAGUUGUGAUUUUUUGCCCAAGUUCAGCCCCUACGAGUGGGACAGCCCGAGGAACUGUCUUGACGAGCCACCGGUGCUGGAGAACCAAUUCACUCUGUUGAACUCGCUAUGGUUCACUAUUGGAUCCUUGAUGCAGCAAGGUUCGGAUAUCGCACCGAAGGCUGUUUCGACUCGAAUGGUGGCUGGAAUGUGGUGGUUCUUCACAUUAAUCAUGAUAUCCUCUUACACUGCAAACUUGGCGGCCUUCCUUACUGUUGAAAGAAUGGAUUCACCUAUUGAAAGCGCUGAAGACCUCGCUAAACAGACCAAAAUUAAAUAUGGAGCAUUGAAGGGAGGCUCAACUGCUGCGUUCUUCAGGGAUUCAAAUUUCUCUACAUAUCAAAGAAUGUGGUCGUUUAUGGAGUCGGCAAGGCCGUCUGUAUUUACAAGUAGCAACAAAGAGGGGGAGGAGCGAGUCAUGCGAGGCAAGGGCUCCUACGCUUACUUAAUGGAGUCAACAACCAUUGAAUAUGUCGUAGAAAGAAAUUGCGAUCUUACGCAAGUUGGUGGAAUGCUGGAUUCUAAAGGAUACGGUAUCGCAAUGCCUCCCAAUUCACCAUAUCGUACUGCUAUCAGUGGGGCCGUUUUAAAGCUGCAGGAAGAGGGCAAGUUGCAUAUUUUGAAAACGAAAUGGUGGAAAGAGAAACGCGGCGGUGGUUCUUGCAGGGAUGAAACCUCAAAAUCGUCGUCGACUGCAAACGAAUUGGGUCUCGCAAACGUGGGCGGCGUGUUCGUCGUGCUAAUGGGCGGCAUGGGAGUGGCGUGCGUUAUAGCAGUCUGCGAGUUCGUCUGGAAAUCGAGAAAGGUUGCCGUGGACGAGAGGGUUUAUUUU